AAAAAGCGAACAUGUAGUGGUAUUCGCUGUAAAACCAACAGUGAUUGUGGAGUCAACGAAAAGUGUCAAGUUUCUCCUUGCGGUCCUCGAAUUUGUACUGCUGAACAGACUCUGACAUGUGCCAACAUGCUGUGUAACAUUAAUACAACUUGUCGUGACGUGACCACAUGCAAUACGUGCCCAAUGGAGCCAAGAUGUAUUCCUGUUGGCCAAAUCUAUGACGGUAUUGACAAUGAAUGCCGCCGGCUGAGCUACACCGAAGUUGUUCUUGUAGAAAAACCUAGCAACAAAUCUACCUACAAACAGUUGAUAUGUUGCCAGUCAUGUCCCUCUGGAGCAACUUGUGCUGGAGGACUGUGUUGCCGGGGAAAGGUUUCAGUCCCACUGACUAAAUCUGGUCUUUGUCCCACGAAUCAGGUUGCAGGAUCAGAGUGCAAAGGCACUGGUUGCAGCAAUGACUAUGAUUGCCCCGGGGAGCAGAAAUGUUGCUCUCUAUGUCGAAAAGUGUGCACCGACCCAAUAUUUGUCCUCAACAAGGAUCUGUGUUCCGGCACUCAAUGCCAAAAAGGUGAAGUGUGUGCGCUUCGAACACAGUUCUGUCCUAAAGGAAGAGCGUGCCCCCAAGCCCUACUUGCCGUCUGUGUCCCUUACCAGUGUGCAAACUGUACACUUGAUGAACAGUGUAUUUCAAUCGCCAAAGGAUACAGUUGCUCCAGGACAGACUUGUGUGGUGGAUGCCCUAGUGGGAGCGUCUGUAGACCUACAGGGAUCCAGUGUGUGACAGUACCUUGCCCCCAGUAUUCAUGUGUACCCAUUGAUAGAUGUGGAGGAUGCAGACAGGGACAAGUCUGCAAGCGAAACACCUGCAGCACAAAAUUGUGCGCCAGUUACAAGUGUUACCCCAGCAGCCCAUGA